AUGGAUCCAGAUGUUUAUAAUGAGAUUGCAGAUUUUGCAGACAGUUCCUUGAAUUAUGGAAAAAGUGAUGCGCAAAGUAAUUCUUCUGUGAAUAUUUUGAACAACAUCGUAAGGGGACUGCCAAAACGGAUAUCGGCACCUGAUAACUGUGAUGCACUUGAUUGGCAUAUGCGAGUAAACUGCGACAAUAAUGAGAAAGAACGCGAUGUGAAACGAAAAAAUAUUGGCGAUGAAAUGGUUGAACGUCUUACACGACGCAUUUCAUGGGCUCGAAAAAGGCGUCGCUUAACAGACUUACAAACAGAUGAAAAGACAGAACAAAAUGUAUCAUUAGGAUCGAAAAAAAGCGAAGUGUUGUUAUAUCCACCGCGUGGUGGUGCACCAUGGAUUGGUUUUACAGAUCCUACGGAACUGCAAAGAUUCUAUAUAGUGUUAAGAAGUGCUGAGCAAACAGUUCAUAACGGUGGCGGUGAUAAAUCACGAAUUGGUACUUUGAAGUUUGGUUUCACCGAAAAAGUGUUAAAUUCUGGAUUUGAUUUUGAGGUUUCUAGCAUUGUUUCCGAAGAUACGGAAGAAGGGUCUGCGUUCAUCCAAGAUAACUUGUGGGUUGAGAAAUAUGCUCCGCACACUUAUGCUGAUCUCAUUAGUGAUGAGACUGUGAAUCGUUUGUUGCUAAAUUGGUUAAGACUGUGGGACGAAUGUGUCUUUCAUAAGGUUGUUUCGGAUAUCGUCUUGAGAGACGCGUCAAAUCAACAACAAAUCAUCUUGAGCAAUGAAAAACCAAGGCGCCCGUCACAUAAAGUAGUGCUCCUAGCUGGACCUGCCGGUACUGGUAAAACUACACUAGCAACUUUGGUAGCACAACAUGUCGGAUAUCGAGUAGUCAGUUUGAAUGCUAGUGAUGAGCGGAAUACUGCAGAUUUCAAAAAGUGCUUUGAAGAUGCUUUAAGAACUACAAGAACUCUGGAUGCAGAUUCUAAACCAAACUGCCUUAUUUUGGAUGAAAUAGAUGGCGCACCUACGCAAUCUAUUCAUUAUUUGUGUAAAGCUGUAGCUGCAAUUGGAAGACAUGCGCUUCGACGACCAGUAAUAUGUAUAUGCAACAAUCUGUACACUCCCUCUCUUCGCGAAUUACGAUUAACUGCUUUAGUGUUGCAGCUGUCGAGAACUGACGAAAAACGUUUAACCAAAAGGCUCCAAGAGAUAUCAAAACUGGAACAUCUGAGAGUUGAAUCAAGUGCGUUGUCGGAAAUUAUUGCUGUAUGCUCAAGGGAUCUCCGUUCCGCAAUCAACAACCUGCAGUUUAUUGCAUCUAGAAAUUGCACCAAAGUAGAUCGAAAAGCCGUUCUUAAGUUUUGUAAUCGUGAGAAGCAGUUCGGUGACAAGUCAUUGUUCGAUUCAUGGGCUUCAAUUUUCGAAAUUUCGCGACAUUUGGAUGCAAAUGGCCGUAUUCAAGGUGUGGCUUCACGGGUCAAACAAAUUACACUUAUUUCGGAGCUGCAUGGAAACGAAACUGAUCGUUUCUAUUUGGGACUUUUCGCCAAUUAUUUAAAAAGCAAAAGUGCCACUGUGCUGAUGAAUACUGCUAUGGCUAUUCAUCAAUUAUGUUAUUAUGACCGAAUAGUUACAUCCGCGAAUAGUGUCCAGGAUUACAGUCUUCUGAAAUAUUUGUCCGCUGUAUGCAUCAGUAUGCAUAUGCUUCUAUGCUGCAGGGGUCGAACACAUUUGAGCUUUCCAACGGACUAUCACAGUGCAGUACAGCGUUAUGAGCAGUCUGUUGAAAUAAUAGAAAGCAUGCGAGCUGGAGCAGCACAGAAAAAUCUUUCAUUGUCAACAAUUGCACUCGAAAUUUUGCCUUAUCUCAUCAGUAUUGUGCAACCAGAUUUCAAGCCGAUGAAUGUCCAAUUGUAUAGUGUUCGAGAACUAAAUGUUUUGCAUUCGAUUAUUAGCAUCAUGCGUACAUAUUCUCUUACCUACGCCUCUGUUUUGCACGAUGAAUCCGUCAGUUUUGUUUUUAAACCUGCUAUUGAACAAUUGGUUAUGUUUACCGAUGAUGAUGCAUGCUGCAGUAAUCGAUCCCCAAAUACAUUGUCCGUUGCUGCGAGACAGUUAAUAGCACAUGAGAUUGAACUGGAAAAGGUGCGAAAUGUAGAUGCUUUAGCUAGCGAAAUUGCUGCUAAUUUACCAGGGAAGAAGGAAGAACUGAUUAAGUCUGGCAAGUUUGGCGCAGGAAUUAUUUUAUGUUAUAACUCGGGAUCAUCAAGUGCCAUAAGACGACGAAUUAUGAUAAAAAAUUUGUUCUCAUCCUAA